AAUUACCAGUAGCUCUGGUUCUGCCGUCCCGGGAGCUCGCUCGCUCUCACACGCGAGCGCACACACACACACACACUCACACACCUUUACCUGCACAGACCUGAAAGUCCAGUUUCACCAGAGAGACUGAGGCAUCUGGAAAAGGGGAGAGAGUUCAUUGGAUCAAACAUGUCACAAGAGACGGACAAUAAAAACCGGCUUGUGACUAUUGUGCCAAGUGAUGCUCCCUUUAAUACUAGAAGAGCUUACACAAGUGAAGAUGAAGCUUGGAAGUCUUAUCUGGAAAACCCCUUAACAGCAGCUACUAAAGCUAUGAUGAGCAUCAACGGAGACGAGGACAGUGCUGCUGCUCUGGGAUUAUUAUAUGACUAUUAUAAGGUUCCAAGAGAUAGAAGAUUAUUGCCUGUUAACAAAGUUAGUGAUAAUCAAGAAGACCAGGACAAAAGAAACUGUCUUUCCACCAGUGAAACGCAAAGUAACUUGAGCAGCAAUGGUGAAAACAGAGUGCAGGUUUUGAAAACGGUGCCAGUAAAUCUCUCCGUGAACCAAGAGCAGCUGGACACUUCCAAAAGGGAGCAGUUCAGUUCAAAUGUAUCAGGAAGCCCAUCCUCCAUUUCUGUGACCGGGGUGAUGGUGGUGAAAGCAGAGGAAUAUACCCCAGUUUACAUGACUCCUUCGGUGCAUUAUGCCAGGGGAGAAAAUGAAGAACAUCGGGGGGUCAUAUUUGAGCAUCCGCAUUAUGAAGUGCCCAGCAUCACACCCCAUUCAACCUAUAUGAAAGACGAUCAACGCAGCACUCCAGACAGUACUUACAGUGAUACCUUUAAAGAUGGAGGAACAGAGAAAUUUCGCAGUAGUUCUGUGGGUCCUGAGGAAUAUAUUUAUGAACAAACAGCUAAUAACACAUUUCGAUAUACUUUGGAAGCUACCAAAUCCCUCCGCCAAAAACAAGGAGAAGGACCAAUGACUUACUUAAACAAAGGGCAGUUUUAUGCUGUAACACUGAGUGAAGCUGGGGACAACAAAUGCUUCAGAUAUCCAAUCAGCAAAGUCCGGAGUGUGAUCAUGGUUGUAUUCAGUGAAGAUAAAAACCGGGAUGAACAGUUGAAGCACUGGAAAUAUUGGCAUUCACGACAGCACACAGCUAAACAGAGGGUCUUGGACAUUGCUGAUUAUAAGGAAAGCUUCAACACCAUUGGAAAUAUUGAAGAAAUUGCCUAUAAUGCUGUUUCAUUCACUUGGGAUGUUAAUGAAGAGGCAAAGAUUUUCAUCACUGUGAAUUGCCUAAGCACAGACUUCUCUUCUCAAAAAGGAGUCAAGGGUCUUCCUUUGAUGAUUCAGAUCGACACAUACAGUUACAAUAAUCGCAGCAAUAAGCCCAUUCAUCGGGCCUUCUGCCAAAUCAAAGUUUUCUGUGACAAGGGAGCCGAAAGGAAAAUCCGGGAUGAAGAAAGAAAGCAAAACAGAAAGAAAUCGAAAGGCCAAGUUUCUCAGGCAACUUGCCCUAACGCAGAAGGGAAGUUGACUCCUGUGCCUCUCCAAAAGAAGAGUGACAUCACCUAUUUUAAAACUAUGGUUGACCUGGAUUCCCAGCCUGUUCUUUUCAUACCAGAUGUUCAUUUUGGCAAUCUCCAAAGAGCUGGGCAGGUAAGAAAUCAGGUUUAUUAUAACAACGAUGAUGAACGAGAAGGUGGCAGUAUUCUAGCUAAACGGAUAUUCCGCACAGUUGAAGAGGACUUCGUUCCACCACCAUUGAAACAAAUAAAAGAAGAAGGAACAAAAAAAGUUCUGCUGUAUGUGAGGAAAGAAGCGGAUGAAGUGUUUGAUGCUUUGAUGUUAAAAUCUCCCACAGUAAAAGGGCUUAUGGAUGCAAUUUCUGAGAAAUAUGGCCUUCCAGCUGAGAAGAUUACAAAGCUUUAUAAAAAAAGCAAAAAAGGGAUUCUGGUAAAUAUGGAUGAUAACAUCAUUGAACAUUAUUCCAAUGAAGACACUUUCAUCCUAAACAUGGAGAACAUAAUGGAGGGUUUCAAGGUCACAUUGACGGAAAUCUAGUUUAGACCAGCAUAGACCUUGUGAAGUGAAAGCUUUUUGCCAUCAAGGAAGGAAGAAAUAAUAAUAAAAACCCUGAUUUCAUUGA